UGAGUCCAAUGGCUAUCUCAAAACCCCCACAUUUUCAACAUCUUUCAAAAAAUCAACUUGAGUGAAAAACCCUCCAUACAUAUGGAGUCACCAAUUGAUCCUCAAACCUCAACCACCAAUUCAUCAAAAAACUCACCCAAAAAUAUGGAGAAACAAGAGAAAUUGAAUCUGGAGUUGGAUCUAAGCCUCUCAAGCAAAGAUUCAGAGCCACAAAGCAAUCGAGUCUUCUCAUGCAACUACUGCACCAGGAAGUUCUACAGCUCGCAGGCCCUCGGCGGCCACCAGAACGCCCACAAACGCGAGCGCCGCCUCGGCCUCCGCCACCGCUACUCCCCUCUCCCUCUCCCUCUCCAUGCUCAUUCUACCAUCCAUACCGUUGUGGCCCCACCGAUUAGGUUCAAAUUUGGGAGGAGGCCUCUCGCCGUCGCGGCCGAGACCGGCGCCGCAGCUUGGCCCGGCCGCCGAUGGGUGCGGCCGCAGCUGAAGACUGGCAAUCAAGAAGAGUUCAAAUUCUUGGAUUUGUCUCUUAAACUCUAAUUAAUCGGUUUAUUUUAGCUUGUUAUUUUGUACAUUGGUUAUUGAUUAACCAGUAAUCGAAUCGAAACCGGUCGGUUAUCGAUUAUUUGAUAAGUUAGUUUCCUA